AUGAUAGCUAUAGUAUCGUUGUGUACGAUUUCCAUCUGUCUCUUUCCCUCAUCUAAGGCACGAGCGGUCGAAGAUGAUUCCAUUCCCCGAACUUCAGACAUCGUUCAUCAAUUGAAGCCAGACGAACAAUGUAAACAAAUACCAUGUGGCGAUAAAUGUUGCGCUGAUAACGCGGUUUGCUGUCGUGAUAAGCAGUUCUGUUGCACGGACGUCGGAUCCCCACCUCCCAUAGUUAUUCCUGCAGAAGAUUGCGAAUAA